CAGCAGACAGACAGGAUGUGGCCUUUUCACAAGGCUCUGCGACUGCGCACUCCGCUACGAAAUGUCGACGAUCUGCAAGCGGUGAUUUCUGGGUCUGCUCUUCUCAUAUUGCUAGUUUUCACCCGGACCGUCUCCUGUGGUUUCACAGAGUUCAACGUCAACGGAAAGGAAUACUUGCUGUCUCACGGGAUGAAACAGUUCAGCGAGACAGAGCGAGUGUGUGCCACUGUCAACGCCACCACAGCGCUCUUCAGGGACAACUCGGACAUUCUGGAGCUUCAACGUCAGUUACGAGAUCGCUCGGAGUACGACAGCUCAAUCAUGUGGGUCAAAACGAGACUGACGUACACUGGGAGCGGUAAGUUCAUUUGGGUGAUCCGCAGUGGGCUGUUUUAA